UCCCACCCCUGAGGCCUGGAUUGCAAUUUGCAACCAUGGCUGCGGCAUCGCAUGUCUAAUUUUGUUGUGAAAUUUUUGUUUAUUUUUACGAUUAAACAAAAUGAGUGCGACUCCUAAAUUUGUCUUAGAAUAUUGUAAAAAUUGGGAAAAAUCAGGAAAGGAUCAAUAUGUAAAAUUUAUAACACAGCACAUAAAAGACGAAAACAAGAGUCCACUUUUCACAAAAUCUGGGAAACUAUCUGGUUUUUCACAAGGUUUAUAUGACUUACUUAUUUGUGGACUCAAAGGUUAUUUGAAAAAGGAUGCAGUAAUAUUGGUUCUUCGAGAAAUAAUUGCCUUGCAUGCAGAUAUUCCAUCAAUUCUUUUGGAUGUAAUAUGUGUUCUUGAUGCAGAAACUUCUUUAGAUGUACAGAAUGAAGAAAGAGUCAACUUUUGCUAUGUUGUUAGAGAAUUGGAACCUUUGAUAUCAGAUAAAUUAUUAAAGGAAAGAUUAGAAAUUGACACACUGCAAGAUGUAGGAACUUUGAAAAAUAAAAACUUUUAUACAAAAUUUAUUAAAGUUAAGACUAAACUAUAUUAUAAGCAACGUAAAUUUAAUUUAUUUAGAGAAGAAAGUGAAGGCUAUGCUAAACUUAUUGUUGAAUUAAAUCAAGAGAUAGCUGAAGAAACAGACUGGAAAAAUAUUCUGGAAAUAAUACAGUCUCUAAUAGGUUGUUUCAAUUUAGAUCCAAAUAGAGUGCUAGAUAUAAUAUUGGAGUCCUUUGAAGCAAGACCACACUUAGAUAAUCUUUUCAUUUCCCUGAUUAGGGGCUAUAUGUGUGAUCCACAAGUAAUAUCCGAGGUGUUAGGCUUUAAGCUAAGUAAUAUGGAAGUGUUGGAGAGCUACAAAGAGCCACCAAAUUUAAUGGUUGUUAUAGCGCUUCUUUUACAACAUCAAGUCAUUUCAUUGGAUAACAUUUAUCCCUGGCUUCGUCCAGAUGACACUAUAAUGGCCAAAGAAACUGAUAGAGAAAUUAAAUUAAUUCAGGACUUUAUCCGAAAAUUAAAUAUUGUCUCAACAAAAGGACCACAAGCCAAUUGUCCUACAGAAUUUGUUGAGGAAAAGCCAGAUCCUCAGGAGUAUUGGGCUAAUCAGAAGCUGGUUUUGGGUGAGGCGUUAUUGCGUGUGCGAGCCUGGCGCGAGUUUUCAUCUUUAUACAACCGCCUGCUGAUCACUGCCAUGCCACAGAGACCCGCAACAGCCCUUUGUGAUAUGUUGCAUGCACUCGUUGAACCUCUCUACAGAAAUCAAUGUCGAGUAGCUCCGAAAAUAAUUGGAAAACCAGUUCCACCAUUGAAAUCAACUCUAGCGCCAAAAGCAUGUAAAACAUUUGAAGACAUGAAGGACACAGUCAUUCCAGCCCUGAUCUUGUUGGGACCUACAUUACAUUAUGAUCCAAUACUGAUGUACAAAAUAAUUCGCAUCCUGCGAGCGUCGCGCUCCGUCCCAGAAGAUCCCUUGCACCACGAGGCCCUGACCGUGUUGGACGCGGCGGUACUCCCGGCGCUCUCACUCAUGGAGGGCAACUGCUGCAUGGCCGAGGAGGUCUACACCUUGCUCAGAUUGUACUCCUACCAGUGCAGAUACUGCUUGUAUGCGCGUUGGAAGAACGAUUCUGGUGAGAAAAUACCAUCGUUGAUGCGAGUUAGAGGCAACUCUCUACAGCGUAUCAAACACAUCAUGAAGCGAGUCUCCAAGGAAAAUAUCAAACCGCAGGGUCGUCUCAUUGGUAAACUGUCGCACGCGGCACCGGCGUUCUUGUUCGACUACAUGCUGUUACAAAUCCAAAUGUAUGACAACCUCAUCGGGCCAGUUGUGGAGUCCCUCAAAUACCUGACAUCCCUCUCCCUGGACGUGCUGGGCUACUGCUUGGUGGAAGCUCUGUGCUCUGGCCGAGGAGUGGAGGCCAGCGGGGCCGCUCAUCCGCCGUGGCUGCAGGCCCUGGCAGCAUUUGCUGGUGCGGCCUUCAAGAAACAUAACAUUGAGUUGACUGGUCUGUUGCAGUUUGUAGCCAACCGCUUGAAGGCUCAACAGAGCCAAGAUCUGCUGAUACUCAAAGAAAUAGUUCAAAAAAUGGCUGGUAUCGAAGCAGCUGAAGAGAUGACUCAAGAGCAACUGGAAGCCAUGGCAGGUGGCGAAUUGUUGAAAGGCGAGGCUGGAUACUUUUCACAAGUCCGGAACACCAGACGAUCCUCAGCCCGGCUAAAAGAUGCUGUUGUGGGCAAUAAUUUGGACAUUGCUCUGUGUAUAUUAGCAGCACAACAACGACAUUGCUGUGUUUGGAAAGAGUGCAAUAUCGAUGGCACCGAGAGUGAGGCGAGCGGGUCACAGUUGAAGGUGGUGGGGCGCCUGGCCGACCAGUGCCAGGACGCGCUGGUGCAGCUCGGGACCUUCCUGGCGUCCUCGCACACGCCCGGAGAGUACGCGGCGAGGCUGCCGCCCUUACCGGAAUUACUUCGCGACUAUCACGUCGACGCGGAUGUCGCAUUCUUUCUGCACCGCCCAGUACUAACGCAAAAAAUAACUGCGAAGAUUGAAUCGUUACGCAAGAGUUCUGACACCAAAUCUGACUCGUUGGAGAAAAGCAUUGAAAGAUACAACAUUGCGUCGAAGGAGGCGUUGGACCCCAUCGUUACCUCAAUCACACCAUUGUUGCCAGCUCGGGUGUGGGAGGAUAUUUCUCCCGAGUUUUACGUUACAUUUUGGUCAUUGUCUAUGUAUGAUCUGCGAGUGCCUGUGGAAAGUUACGAGAGGGAAAUAGGCAGAUUGAAAGCGGCUGCUGCGGGUGCAGCCAAGGAUUCUUCCCAGGGAACAAAGGGAAAGAAGGAACAGGAGCGAUAUAAUACCCUGAUUGAAAAGCUUCAGGACGAGCGCCGCCGCCAGGAGGAGCACGUGCGGCGCGUGCGCGGCCGCCUGGCCCGCGAGGCCGGCGGCUGGUUCCGCGCGCGCGCCGCCAAGUCGGCCAAGAACGAGGCCGUGACGCGCCUCAUGCAGCUGUGCCUGUUCCCGCGCUGCGUGUUCACGGCCGCCGACGCGCUCUACUGCGCGCAGUUCGUGCACACCGUGCACGCGCUCAAGACGCCCAACUUCUCCACGCUGCUGUGCUACGACCGGCUGUUCUGCGACAUCACGUACUCGGUGAUGUCGUGCUCGGAGGGCGAGGCCGGCCGCUACGGCUCGUUCCUGCGCCGCGUGCUGGCCACGGCCAUGCGCUGGCACGCCGACCGCGCCGCCUUCCACGCCGAGUGCGCGCACUUCCCGGGCUUCGUCACCAAGUACCGCGUGUCCAACCAGUUCACCGAGGCCAACGACCACGUCGGCUACGAGAACUACAGACACGUGUGCCACAAGUGGCACUACAAGAUCACGAAGGCCAUGGUGGUGUGCCUGGACUCGGGCGACUACGUCCAGAUCCGCAACGCGCUCAUCGUACUCAUUAAGAUUCUGGAGCACUUCCCAGUGUUGAUUAAGCUGGCGCAGAUUAUUGAACGGAAAAUUGAGAAGGUGAAAGAAGAAGAAAAAAUUAAAAGGCCGGAUUUAUAUGUGCUGGCUACCGGGUACAGCGGCCAGUUGAGAAACAAAGUACCGAGCAUGAUGUUGGAGGGGGACUUCCACCAGAUGAGCGAACAAAACAAACCACCCGCCGCACAAACAAUAUCAGUGAAAGAGGACUCCACGCAAAAACCCCAAGAAGUUAUUACGUCACCUCAACAGGCACCAGACGUGGAAAAGAAGAGCAGUGACCGGCGCAGAGAGGACUCAGAUCGUGAUAAGGACACUAAACGGGAGACGCGAAUGUCUGUAAAGGAUAGAAGUAAGGACGAAUUACUGCGAAGUAAAGAUAAAUCUCCACGAGACAGAUCACAUAGAGAGGAUCGUUACCUGGAGGCAGUGUCACCACCUCAUGAUUCUCGUCAUCCCUCCGAUGACAUAGAUCGUGAUGUGAAACGCCGUAAAGUAGAAGGCAGCAGCAAUGGCAAGGGUAGCAAAGAUAUUGAGGAACGUUCACCAGAAAAAGAGAAAAGAAAGACAAAAGUAAGAGGUGACGACCGUAAAGAACGUAAAAUGAAUCGCAAGAGGGAUAGAGUGGAAGAAUCUACUCUUUUAGAACAAAAACGCCGUCGAGACGAACAAAAAGCUGCCAUCAAACUGCCAGGUCAUCAGAAUGGCUCACAGGAUGACCACCACUAUGAGAAAUAUCAUAAGAGGGAAAAAUCACCAUUUCGGGAUCGAUCGCACGAGGAGCAGAGAGACAAACAUAGGAGGUCAAACGAGUCAAAGGUGAGAAGAUAAGGAGAACGAAGACGCGGGAAUCACUCUUCUAAUAUUAACAUAAUAAUGUUUUGAAAUAAAAUAAUUACCGCUGACAAACAGUACCUAAAAUACUGCAAAUAAAUUUAAAAUAAAUACUAAA